GCUUCCUUCGUCUUAUACUUCGAGUGCCUUCGAAAAGGUUACAGUGCGCGGACUGUGUCACUCGAGGAUGUAUAUAUGGUUGGCAUUAGCAGCGGUGGCACUGGCGUGGUGGGCGCGGUGGCGCGCGGGGCGCCGACGAAUGAUAGCCCUGGCCUGUCAGCUACCCGGCCCGCCAGCGCUACCCGUACUUGGCAAUGCUUUGAGAUUCAUGGUCCCUUCCGAAGAACUGAACAACGUGGUCGGGGAGCUAAUACAGGAAUAUGGCGAUGUGUGGCGAUUCUGGCUUGGGCCCGACCUCAACGUAGUCGUCAGCGAUCCUGACGACGUCAAGGGUCUACUCACGAACUCGAAAACUAGCACGAAAGGACCGCAGUAUAAGUACAUGGCUGACUUUUUAGGAGAAGGCAUUCUGAGCGGGUCAGGACCAACAUGGCGAACACGCAGGAAAAUUGCUUUGCCCAACUACGGCCGGAGGGCAGUGGAGAGCUACGAAGAGGUGUUUAACAGGGAGGCCGAUCAAACGCUGACGAGGCUGAGGGGCCGAGUCGGCGAGGCUUUCGACAUUUAUGACGACAUCGUCAUGGGCACCACUUACACUGUUUGCCAGGCAUUGAUGGGAUUGACUAGACAACAAACACUGAACCUGCCAAAUAUGCAUUCGAUCGUCCGCGAAACACACGAGGUAUAUCUACUCGUCUUCAUGAGAAUGACGCAAUGGUACCUUCAAAUAGAACCCCUGUACAGAAUAACAAAAUAUUAUCAAAAGCAAAUAAAGUUUAUAAAAAAGAUGCAAGAUAUGAUAGACGUUAUUGUGCAACACAGACUUAAAGUCCUGGAAGCCAUGAAUGAUGCAAGGAAAAUGGAGAUUCUGAAGUUAGAAGGUGACAAUGCACACAACACUGAACUAAGUGUCGUGGAUAGACUUGUGUUGUCUAAUCAAAUAUCAAGCUAUGACGAGUUGUUGAGAGAAAUAUUCACAUUAUUUACUUCGAGUCAAGAGGCAACAGCAAAGAUGGCGUCUUUCUUAUUGUUGAUGAUGGCGUAUCAUCCUGACCAUCAGGAAAAAGUGUACGCCGAAAUAAAAAGCGUGUUUGGCGAUAGCGACAGAGACGUCACUGAUGACGACAUCAAGCAGAUGUCAUACCUAGACAUGGCGUUCAAGGAGGUCCUACGGCUCUUCCCUAUCGGAGUGAUGCUGCAGAGGAUCAUAUCUGACGAUAUUCAAAUAAGUAACGCAACAUUACCGGCGGGCUGCUCGCUCGUCAUCCCAAUCUUCCACAUGCAUCGGGACAAGCGGUACUGGACCAACCCGAACUGCUUUGACCCGGAGAGGUUUAGCCCCGAACAAGCGAAGCUGCGGCAUGGUAGCUGCUAUAUCCCGUUCAGCUUGGGACCAAUGGAUUGCAUGGGGAGAUACUUCGGCACUAAACUAGUGAAGACUAUGUGCGUGAAGGUGCUGCGUGAGUUCCGUCUGACGUCUCCGGAGUCGUACGAGGACAUGCGCCUCGUGAUGGCCGUGUCCGUCGCCUCCGUCAAUGGCUACCCCGUCCAGCUCCAUCAUCGGAAAUGUUAACGUAUUCCUUAAAACAUUAAUCUUAAGACACAUUUGG